AUGUUCUUUGCAGAGAAUGGGCCUCGUCUUGUGGUGGAGGUAGAUCAAACUAAAGUCAUCUCUCAUCGAGGUGGAAAUGCCACACUGCCAUGCAAAUUUCAUCAUGAAUCAGUGUCAGCAGGAGUACUUUCACACAAAAUUCGAAUCAAGUGGACCAAACUGACUUCAGAUUACCUCAAGGAAGUGGAUGUCUUUGUUUCAAUGGGGCACCACAAGAAGAGCUUUGGCAGCUACCAGGGCAGGGUUUACCUGCAAGGACCAAGUGCAAAUGAUGCUUCACUAAUUAUCACCGACAUUACACUGGAAGACUAUGGUAGAUACAAAUGUGAAGUUAUUGAAGGACUGGAGGAUGAUACUGCUGUUGUAUCAUUGGAUUUACAAGGUAUUGUUUUUCCAUUUUUCCUCCGGCUUGGCCGGUAUAAUCUAAACUUUCACGAGGCCCAACAAGCCUGUCAGGAUCAGGAUUCUAUAAUUGCCUCCUUUGAUCAGUUGUAUGAUGCAUGGAGGUCUGGACUUGAUUGGUGUAAUGCAGGUUGGCUAAGUGAUGGAUCAGUACAAUACCCAAUCACAAACCCUAGAGAACCAUGUGGUGGUAAAAACACUGUCCCUGGAGUUCGAAACUAUGGCUAUAGAGACAAAGACAAAGGCAGAUAUGACGUCUUCUGUUUCACAUCAAAUUUUAAAGGUCGUUUCUAUUACCUAAUACACCCAGUGAAGCUGACUUAUGAUGAAGCUGUACAAGCCUGUAUCAAUGAUGGUGCUCAGAUUGCUAAAGUAGGCCAGAUGUAUGCAGCAUGGAAGCUACUUGGUUACGAUCGGUGCGAUGGAGGAUGGUUGGCUGAUGGUAGUGUUCGUUACCCAAUCUCAAAACCAAGACGGCGCUGUAGUCCCAACGAAGCAGCUGUGCGCUUUGUUGGUUUCCCAGAUAAAAAGCACAAGUUAUAUGGUGUUUAUUGUUAUAAAGCAUAG